AAUGAAAUAAAGGUCAGGGUCAGACGGUCAGUCAGGAUUAUAAACUCCUCUAAAAGAGUCAAGAGAUGAGAAGCCGUGUGGGUUUCUGUUAAAGCGCUAUUGCUGUUUCAAGCUUUUUUCUCUCUUCUGCAACUCCUUCCCCCUCCCUUCAAUCUCUGUCGAUCUCUCUUCUCAUUUUUUUUUUCUUUUUCUUUUAAUUUUUUAGUUUUUCCUCUCUGGCCAUGAAGCUGACCUUGCAACAGUUCAGCAAAAUCGUCUGUCACCAAGAAAAUGAUGGUAUGACCAAGGACUAUAACAUGUAUGCACCAGAUCUUUCGACUGGUUUUAGCAGUUACUCCACCACCACCACUACCUCUUCUUCCUCUCCUCGUUCUUCUUCAAUGGGGGUGUUUGCAGAUUUAGGUUCUCUCUCCAUCAAUCCCAAGUAUGCUUCCCAAGAGAGUUAUGAUGGUAAAAGCUCCCAGAAGGAUAACAGGAGAGGUGGUUGGGCGUUCCCUUUUAUGGGAAACUGCACCGGCAGCAGCUUGGAGGAUCCCCACAACAAUGAGGGAGAUGAUUCUAAAGGCUCUGAAUCCAGUGAUGGGUUUGGAGAAAACAAUGCUGUCAUGCAAGACAACAACAACAAGCACAAGUUUAAUGAAGAGAACCCAAAUGCGGAUUCAGUGAAUGGGAAGGAAAUAGAUUGUGGGCAAUCCAAACUGUGUGCCAGAGGGCAUUGGAGGCCUGCAGAGGACACUAAGCUCAAGGAACUUGUUGCUCUUUAUGGCCCUCAGAAUUGGAACCUUAUAGCAGAGAAGUUGGAAGGAAGAUCAGGUAAGAGUUGCCGAUUAAGAUGGUUUAACCAGUUGGACCCUAGGAUCAACAGACGAGCUUUCACUGAAGAAGAAGAAGAUAGGCUAAUGGCUGCUCACAGAUUGUAUGGUAACAAAUGGGCCAUGAUCGCAAGGCUUUUCCCCGGGAGGACUGACAAUGCAGUCAAGAACCAUUGGCAUGUUAUAAUGGCGAGGAAAUACAGAGAACAGUCUAAUGCUUAUAGGAGGAGAAAGCUUAGUCAAACUGUUAGCAGAAGGUUGGAAGAGCCUGCAAAUUUUGUCUGCAGAGAUACAUCCACAAGAACAGAUUCUAACUCCUUAAAUCUAUGUAAUGGCGACUUCAACAACCACUCUGCCUUCCCAUUUGGAGCUAUCUAUUGUGGUGGAAUUGCUGGCUCGAAUGGUUUGGCAAACAUGACCAAUGGUGGAGAAGAUUCAGUCUCAUGUUCCAGAGAUUUGCUACUUGGUUCUUCGAGCAGGAAAAUUUUCCCGCCUCAUGGUGCAUACUGCUCGGAUCAAGUCCCUUUCGAUUUCUUCUCUGGUCCCAAUAACAUGACCAGCUUUUACGGCCAGAACAGGCCUUGGGAUAGAGCAAGCGAUGAUUCUACCCUCACUGGGUUCUACACCAGCCACCCUCCAAUGAUGAUGCCAAUGCAACAGUCAAACCAGUAUCAGCUUUCUUGUUUCUCGGACUCGACAACUUCAACAUCCCACGUCUCAGUCACUGAACCAUCAUCAUCUGCUGCAGACAACAACCCGGCCAGCCAUUUUGAGAGCACCAUUUCACCUCCAUUUAUAGACUUUCUUGGGGUUGGAGCCACAUGAAGGGAAGAGAAUGCCCGGGAAAAAGAAAGGAGUCUCUGAGACCAGGAGAAAUCAAAGCUGAAACUGAACAGUGUUUCAAAGAAGGGGCUCUAUAGUGGCACUCAAGGUACGAAAAGGAAGAAGAAAAGAUCUUCAGUUUGUAGGGGGAGAGAUAAAUCAUGAAUAACAUAAUCCUUAAUUUGGAACGACCCUUCCGAUGAAAUUUCCUUGUAAUCCACCACCUCAGAUGAGAAUCAUGAGAUGAGAGAGCCCUUAAAAAGUAGAAGAAUAAUUUUAGAACA